GCGCCUAGCGACCCGUGCGCUCAUCCCCGGCUGCAAUGCACCUACGUCACAUACAUGUUAUCGCGUCAUGUCACCAGCAGCCAAUGAGAGGCAUCCAUCGCGUAUAUGUCGUGAUCGGCAGCCAAUGGUGUAGAGGCUCGUCAUCCCUGCGCGCACCAAUGAAGACAGAGAAUGACACUCACAUUUCGAUCUCUCACCGAACUACCACGUAGCUUAUACGUACCUUUUUGUUUUGCUCAUUUUUAUGUAACGUUAAUUAAUCAAAAACCAUGUAGAAAAUCCCGAAUUAUAUAAUUAAUUCGAAGAACCCGCUGCCUUCGUCAUUUCUACAACCUGCCAUCCACAUCAGCGCAAAUCCUGGCCAUCAGCCCCAACGUAUGUCUAUACGCGCAGACAUAAAUUUUGGUCCUUCGAACCGGAUAUCAACCAGCCUUGGAUACACGGAUUGGAUGUGAGAACGCAUCGGCAGAGUGCUGUAACGACCUGAGUCAUCGGCAGCGGUGAAGAUCUUCGGUGAGACGAGCCAGCUUACCUUUCCUACCUUUCCCUUUUACGCUUGCGUCAUACCGUGCUUUUCUCAAUUCCAGUGCUUGUGCUUUCGUUGUGACCCUAUCGCACGUCGUCGAGUCGACCUUCGCAAAAGUCUGCAAGCAGCCCGCAUCAGCUUUACCGCUAGCUGCCUUGCUGUGCUCGACCGUGGUGGUGAUUGCAACUGUGAGUACUUGGCGCCUGCCUUUAUUCGAUUCGCAAAAUGACUGGCAAAGAUGAUCUUGUGUUUCACGCCGCGUUAGGUCCUAAUCAAGAAACGGACUUGGAAAAGAUAAAACAUUUAAGCCGUAGGCGAGGUUCCGUAAAAUGUAGGCUAACUAAUUUCAAAAAGUUUGUCAAAACGUUUGAGGGUUUAAUUUUGUCCGAUACCCAGCGCACAGAGCUUAAUUUACGCAUGCAGGGAGCUCGGGGUAUUUUCGAUGAUUUUACUGAAAUUAAUAAUCAGCUAGAAAUUUUAAUUCCCGAUAGCGAAAUGGACUCACUUUUUCAAGCCAGAGAGGCAUUCGAAAGCGAAUAUUACGCGAUUUUGGCUGAAACUCAAUGUAUGGUGAAAUGCUCGGAGAAAGCUAACGAACCUAAAGUGCAAGCUUCGAAUAAUUUAGCCCAAACAGUUCGGCUCCCCGUCAUUUCUUUGCCAACUUUCGACGGAUCUUAUGAACACUGGUUACAAUUCCGUGACACAUUUGCGUCCUUAGUGCAUAACUCGCAAGAAAUAACCAGCAUUCAAAAGUUCCAUUAUUUAAAGUCAUCGCUAAAGGGUAAUGCGCUUCUUGUUAUCGAUUCACUUGAGUUUUCGGCAGAUAAUUACACGAUUGCUUGGGAAUUGCUAUUGAACCGGUAUGACAAUAGUAGAUUGCUAGUACACAAUCACGUAAAGGCCUUAUUUUCUAUACAAUCGCUUAACAAAGAAUCGCCGGCACUGUUAAGAAAGUUAUUAGAUACAGUUUUAAAGAAUUUACGCGCUUUAAAACUGCUCGGUGAGCCCACAGAAAGUUGGGAUACACUAAUUAUUUAUUUAGUUGUUUCUAAAUUAGAUUCCACCACCGAACGUGAGUGGGAGCAAUAUAAAAGCACUUUAUUACCAGUGUCGAACGAAAACAAAGCCGCGCUUAAGGUAGAUGAUUUGCUUAAAUUCAUUCGCGACCGCGCCGAUAUGUUAGAAACCUUAUCGGUUACGCACAGCCGGUCUAACACUAAUAGCACUUAUCCGCAGCAUGAUGCUAAAAAAUCAUACACUCAUAACGCGCACACGGCUCCAAAGGUUCACUGCAAUAUUGUUACCGAAAUGUCCGUCGACAAAUCUCACUCCAAACAAACACCAAACAAAAAAUUAUGUUUUAUGUGCAACGGUAAACAUCCUUUGUACUCGUGUCAAGCAUUUAUUGACUUAACUUUGCAAGAUAAAUUAAAGUUAGUUCGCGAUAAAAGUUUGUGUGAGGAUUGUUUACGAACAGGACAUGCAUCCAGUGAAUGUCGAUAUGGCCCGUGUAGAAAGUGUAACAAAAAACACAAUUCCAUAAUUCACGAGGACGAGAAGGAAGGUGCCAGUGACAAGCGCUCCGUAGCAUUGCUGGCAACAGACAACGCAUCAAGGUCGCCCUCCUCCUCCUCCUCGAUCACUGAUAAUAAUAUCGCACACGCACAACACGUAUUGCAGGUAUCGAACGCACACAUAGACGAAGACGUAUACGCGCGAUUGUCUUCGAGGCGACCUGUAAUGUUAGCAACUGCCCUAGUCGAAAUUCCAGAUAAUUACGGUAAUUAUCAUAAAACGCGAGUGAUUCUCGACAAUGGGAGCGAAGGUUGUCUAAUUACCGAAGCGUUGUGUGACAAAUUAAAUCCGCAAUCGUUACAGUCCACUGAAGAAUUAAACGGUAUCAUGAAUUUAGCUACACAUAGUUCGCGAGUAUGUGAAAUCGAAAUAAAUUCACUUGUUACCAAUUUCAAGGCGCGAUUACAAUGUAGGGUUUUACCGCAAUUAACCUCAUCAUUGCCUACGUUUCCGAGCAAACGUAAUCAAUUCCGCAUUCCAGAUAACGUACGUCUGGCAGAUCCUAACUUUUAUGAAAGUCAACCCGUUGAGUUACUUAUAGGAGCUGACCUAUUUUGGGAGCUCCUCGAAGGUCAAGUUGAGAUAACGCGCUUAACAAACGGGGCAUUUUUAGUAAACACUAAGUUAGGAUGGAUUGUUUCCGGACCUGUUUCCUCUAAUACGCGCAACACGAAGCCUAUCAAUUGUAAUUUUACGCAAUCUCUUGACAUGCCAUCAUUAGAUAAUCAAUUACGUAGGUUUUGGGAAAUAGAGGAGGUGCAGGCAAACAACAAAUCGCACGAUUCGCACAGCGAAGAGGAAAUUGCAUGCGAAGACCAUUUUGUCAAAACGACCACCCGUCUCGAGGAUGGUAGGUUUUGCGUGCAACUUCCUCUCAAAGAACCUCCCGAAUCUCUCGGUGACUCAUUCGCGCAAGCAAAAAGACGCUUUAUGUCGUUAGAAAAACGUCUCAGUCGCGAUCCUACAUAUAAAGGCAUGUACAGCGACUUUAUAAAAGAGUAUCUCGCGUUAGGUCAUAUGAAACGAGUAUAUACCUACGGAACCCCUAACUACUUUCUGGCCCACCAUGGAAUUUAUCGUGAACAUGCACAAAAAACACGUCUUAGAGUCGUUUACGACGCUAGCGCCCCCACGACCAGUGGCAAGUCGCUGAACGACAUACAACGCGUAGGUGCACCUAUUCAAGGCGAUUUGAUUGCCAUAUUGCUGAGAUUCCGCGAAAAUAGGUUUGUUGCAUGCGCCGACAUAGAAAAACAUUAUAGACAAGUUUUAAUUGACGAAUCUCAACGCGACUUACAACUUAUUUUAUGGCGCGAUAAUCCAUGCGACGACCUUGACAUAUAUCAGCUGAGUACCGUUACAUACGGCACGGCGGCCGCUGCCUUCCUCAGUUGCAGGUGUCUCAAACAGUUGGCGCUAGAAUGUAAUGACCCCGAAGUAGCUAGAACGAUUAGAGACGAUUUUUACGUAGACGAUUUGAUCUCUGGAUCGUCUACAAUUCCCGAAUUGCUACGAAAAAGUGACGAAUUGUUCUAUCAUACGCGACACGAGUCAAAUCCUAAACCUGUCACAAAACGCAUAAUAUUAUCCACGGCAUCACAGGUUUUUGAUCCGCUCGGAUUAUUAAGUCCGAUGAUAAUUAUCGCUAAAUGUUUAUUACAACGGUUGUUUUUAUUAAAGGUGGAUUGGGACGCAGCGGUUCCCGAUGACGUCACGCAAGCCUGGCACCGCUUUGUAAACAAUCUAGCUAUUUUACCUAGCAUUCGCAUACCACGCCAUGUUAUGUGCAAUGACCAUAUAUGUAUAGAAUUGCAUAUAUUUUCAGACGCAAGCCAAUUAGCUUAUGGCACUUGCGCCUAUGUACGAACGAUUGAUGAUAAAUCAGCUGUUACCGUCCGGUUGCUAUGCUCAAAAAGUAAAGUGGCCCCAAUUUCGCCUCCGUUGAGUACGCCUCGAUUGGAAAUGUCCGCGUGUUUAUUGGGCGCUAAAUUAUAUAAUAAAAUAAAAGAAUCGUUCCGCGCAAAAUUCAACCGAGUAAUAUUUUAUACCGAUUCAACAAUUGCUUUAAGUUGGCUCCGAAUGCAGCCUAAUUUACUAAAACCUUUCGUUCAAAAUAGGGUUGCAGAAAUCCACGAAAUAACGAAAGAACAUUCGUGGCAUCACGUUAGCGGCAAGUGCAACCCGGCCGAUUUGGUUUCUAGGGGAGUACAGUUGGACGCACUUCGCACCUCCAGUCUCUGGUGGACCGGUCCCGACUUCCUUCAUGACAUUAAUUAUAAUGCUCAGAGUGUCGAUCCGUCAUUGUUGCUAGACGAGUCCCAGAUACCCGAACGUAAAACUAAUCCUAUGACUAGUCUGGUAUGCAACGACAAUAACAAUAAUAACCUAUUUACAUUCGACAGGUUUUCUCAGUUCAACCGUAUGCAACGCGCGGCCGCAUAUGUGCUUCGCUUCAUUCAUAACGCGCGCAAUAAAGAUGCACGUCGAACCGGUGCGCUCACUGUAGAUGAACUGAGGGAAUCUGAAAUAUUACUCUCGCGCUUAUCGCAAUUGGAGUCAUUAUCGGAUGUUCACAAUGUAUUGACAAAGAACAAAUGUAUCGCAAAGGGUUUCUUAGCCAAAUUAAAUUUGUUCAUUGACAAUAACAAGGUAAUUAGAGUCGGAGGACGGCUUACAAAUUCUUCUAGGUUUGAUUACGAUAAGAAACACCCGAUAUUACUUUCUAGUAAGCACCAUUUUACUGUUUUAUUGUUCCGAUAUGAACACAAAAGAUUAUUGCACGCAGGACCGCAGCAUAUAUUGUUCUCGCUUCGCGAGGCCUGGUGGCCUGUAAGCGGUAGGAAUUUAGCUAGGAAAGUGGUACACAGCUGUGUUGUUUGCGUUCGUUUUAAGGGUAAAACGCUAACUCCUAUUAUGGGUAAUUUACCUUCAGAGCGAUUAGAACCCGGGUUCGCGUUUGUCAAUUGCGCUGUGGACUACGGGGGUCCAUUCUACAUUUUAAACCGCAAAGGUCGGGGAGCCACAACUGUUAAGGCGUAUUUAUGUAUAUUUAUAUGCUUUGCUACACGCGCAGUUCAUUUAGAGUUGGUUACCGAUCUCUCUUCAGAUGCUUACCUACUGGCGUUGAAAAGGUUCAUUUCGCGUCGUGGUAAACCUUCAAAAAUAUAUUCAGAUAACGGACGGAACUUUGUAGGUCUUAUGAAUGAUUUUGCAAAGUUUUUAAAAUCAUGUUCAGGCGAAAUAAAAGAAUACGCGAAUUCUCAUAAAAUUGAAUUUAUUAUGACACCACCUUAUGCUAGUCAUUUUGCCGGUCUGGUUGAGGCUGGUGUUAAGAGUUGCAAGCAUCACUUGCGACGCGUGAUAGGUGAUGUUAAGCUAACUUACGAACAGUUUAGCACGAUUUUGACUCAAUGCGAAGCUAUCCUGAAUUCCAGGCCUUUGAGUCCUUUGUCCUCAGACCCGCAAGACUACACCCCUUUAACCCCUGCUCACUUCCUCGUUGGACGUCCGCUGACAGCUCCUGCGUGCGCUGACCUCAACGACGCUCCCGUACACCGUCUGACACGAUACCAGCGAGUGGAGCAAAUGCGACAACAUUUCUGGGCCAGGUGGUCGAAGGAGUUCAUAUCCGAGCUGCAGGUCAGAACAAAGUGGACGAGGAAUAUGGACGACCUCAAGGUGGACACUCUCGUCUUGAUCAAGGAGGACCAUGCUCCGCCCCUCAAAUGGAGCUUAGGGCGAAUCACCAAGACUUUCCCGGGUAAAGACGGCGUCUCCCGAGUGGCCGAUAUCCGCACAUCCCGCGGCACUGUACGUCGAGCCUUUUCGAAGAUCUGCCCGCUACCUACGCAUGAUGACUAACUUCACCGUCUCAUUGGAAGUUGACUCUUCCAAGGCCGGGAGCUUAUGUUAAGGCAUACCUAAACCGCAUAGAAACUGGCGGCGGCCUGUGACCUUCAGCCUGGCCGCGCCUAGCGACCCGUGCGCUCAUCCCCGGCUGCAAUGCACCUACGUCACAUACAUGUUAUCGCGUCAUGUCACCAGCAGCCAAUGAGAGGCAUCCAUCGCGUAUAUGUCGUGAUCGGCAGCCAAUGGUGUAGAGGCUCGUCAUCCCUGCGCGCACCAAUGAAGACAGAGAAUGACACUCACAUUUCGAUCUCUCACCGAACUACCACGUAGCUUAUACGUACCUUUUUGUUUUGCUCAUUUUUAUGUAACGUUAAUUAAUCAAAAACCAUGUAGAAAAUCCCGAAUUAUAUAAUUAAUUCGAAGAA